UGACUCUCUUUAUCUCCUGUUGGUUUCAAUUGCUUUUGUACUUUGAAAUUUAAUAUGCAAUACCCACGAAAAUUAUCAGUGUAUGGUUUAUCAAGUCUUAUAUUCUUUGGCUGUGUAUUUUUCCUGUCGUUUCUUAUAAUUUUGAACAAAGCAGCUUCAAUCAAGUAAUGUGAUUACGUCCCUACAGCAAAAAACGUCCAAAUUUGCGGAGUUGAUCUCGUGAGCUGCAUGAAACGCUCUCCGUCUUUCUCACUUUUAACGACCAACAACGAACUCCCCAUUUUCUUGCAUCUAUCUCCCUCUCUAUAAAUUCCACCUUUCUUCCCUCAACUCAGACCCACAAGCCCUUCAGUUUGAGUCCUCUAAUUCAUAACUACUUACAGUUAAAAGUGAAGAAGAAUGGUUAGAGUCGAUAAAUUUUCGUUAAUGACGAAACAGAUUCUUCUCAUAGCAAUUCUUUCACUCACCCAGUUUUGUUCUGCAUUCACUCCUCAAGAUUAUAGUGAUGCUCUUGAAAAAUCCAUCCUUUUUUUUGAGGGUCAGCGGUCUGGCUCAUUGCCGGCUAACCAGAGGUUAAAAUGGAGGGGCGAUUCUGGAUUGUCCGAUGGCUCCAGUUAUCAUGUGAACCUAGUUGGCGGGUACUAUGACGCAGGAGACAAUGUCAAAUUUGGGCUUCCUAUGGCCUUUACUACUACAUUAUUGUCAUGGAGUGUCAUUGAAUUUGGCAGCUCUAUGCAUGACCAGAUAGAUAAUGCCAAAUCUGCAAUCCGUUGGGGUACUGAUUACCUUUUAAAAGCAGCCACCGCCACCCCAGACACCUUAUAUGUUCAAGUUGGAGAUCCAAACAUGGAUCAUAAGUGCUGGGAGAGGCCGGAAGAUAUGGACACACCACGCACUGUAUACAAAGUAACAACUCAAAAUCCUGGAUCCGAUGUAGCUGCUGAGACAGCCGCUGCAUUAGCUGCUGCUUCAAUUGUUUUCAAAGAUUCUGAUCCUUCUUAUUCUUCCAAAUUGCUUCAGACAGCAAUGAAAGUAUUCGAUUUUGCAGACAAGUAUAGAGGUUCUUACAGUGACUCUCUCAAGUCAGCAGUUUGCCCAUUUUACUGUUCUUAUUCAGGAUAUCAGGAUGAGCUUCUCUGGGGUGCAUCCUGGCUUCACAGAGCCUCACAGGAUAGCUCGUACCUGGCUUACAUCCAAUCAAACGGUCACACAAUGGGUGCUGAUGAGGAUGACUACUCCUUUAGCUGGGAUGACAAGCGACCCGGGACAAAAAUUCUUCUUUCCAAGGAAUUCUUGGAGAAAAGUACAGAAGAAUUUCAGUCAUUUAAAGCACAUUCAGACAAUUACAUAUGCUCUAUAAUUCCAGGAACUUCUAGUUCCCAGGCCCAAUAUACUCCAGGAGGGCUUCUAUAUAAAGCAAGUGAAAGCAAUCUCCAGUAUGUAACUUCCACAGCUUUCCUUCUAUUGACAUAUUCUAAAUAUCUUAGUUCAAAUGGAGGAGCGGUCAAGUGUGGAGGUUCAGUAGUAACAGCAGAGUCACUCGAAUCAGCGGCAAAAAAGCAGGUUGAUUAUAUUUUAGGUGAUAAUCCAGCAAAGAUGUCUUACAUGGUGGGGUUCGGAAAUAAGUAUCCUCAACAUGUUCACCACAGGGGUUCCUCUGUACCAUCUAUACAUACACAUCCAGAACGCAUUUCCUGCAACGAUGGCUUCCAAUACUUCAAAUCUACUUCACCCAAUCCCAAUGUCCUUGUCGGAGCAAUAAUUGGUGGUCCUGAUAACCAAGACAAUUUUGCAGAUGACCGGAAUAAUUACCAGCAGUCUGAGCCUGCCACAUACAUUAAUGCACCAUUUGUUGGUGCGCUUGCUUUCUUAUCAGCUAAAAACUAAAAAUGUAUUAAUUAGUAUAAUUAUGUCUCUUUGUCAAGGAUUAAUAUCCUUCUAAUAAAACAUUGAGAUAUAUAUUACUCUGUCUCUUUUUUGCAA